AUGGCGGACAAGCGCAAGUCGCCCCCGCUGGGCGGCGAGAUGGUGCUGUCGAAGCGCACACGAAAUGCGCUCAUAUCGCGCGAAGACCGCACGCGCAGUCUGGCGUCGCCGGUCAUGGCGCUCACCGAGGCCCAUACGGCCGACGUGCUCGAUGUCCAGUUUGCGCCGGACGGCCAGACCAUCGCGGCCGCCUCGGCGGACCACACGAUUUCGCUAUGGGAAACCUUUGGCGAGCACCGCAACAUUGGGCAGCUCGCGGGCCACAAGGCCGCCGUGACGUGCCUCGCGUGGGUGCCCGGCAGCGGCGCCGAGCGCCUGCUGCUCUCAGGCUCGGCGGACAGCACGAUUGUGCUGUGGAACAGUGCAACAGGCGAGCGCGUCCGCCGUCUCCGCGGGCACCGAGGCAUUGUCAACAGCGUCGCGUGCACUCGCGCGGGCGGGCGCUGGGCGUCCGCGUCUGACGACGGGCGCGUCCUGUUCUGGGCGCCGGACUCGCGCUACCCCGUCGCCUCGAUCGAGCUCGGAUACCCUGUGACCUGCGUCGAGUUCAGCGACGACGGCACGCAGCUGUUUGUCGGCGGCGUCGACAAUGCGAUCCACGUGAUGGACUGCGCGACAGCGUCUCGACAGUCGUCGCUACUCGGCCACACCGACACAGUCGCCUCGCUCUCCUUGUCACCUGCUGGCACGCACCUCCUGUCGUCCGCGCUGGACAACACGGUGCGCGUAUGGGACGUGCGCCCAUUCGCGCCACCGCCGGCGCCGGGCGUAAAGACGCAUCCGCGCCUCGUGCGCACGCUCACCGGCAUGCCCAGCGGGUUCGAGCAUCUGCUGCUCAAGGCCGCAUGGUCGCCCGACGGCGAGUGGGCCGGCUGUGGCGGCGCUGACCACACGGCGAACUUGUGGAAGUACGUACACGAGGCUGACGCAGUGUCGAAAAAGGCACACUUGUAUUCAAGGUACGCUGCGCCUCUCACCCAGCUCCCCGGCCACCGCGGCACAUGCACAGCCAUCGACUUCCAUCCCCACGAGCCGAUCUUCUCCUCGCCCCGCCGGAUGGAAUCGUCGGACGCGCGUGCGCCGGCGCCGCCGCCGAAGACGGAGGAUGCACCGUCGAGCCGCCCAGCACGCCCGUCCUGGUCACUCACCAUGGACCGCGUUGAGCUUCUCGCCACGCCGCCGCUGCGCGUGCGCUUCCGCUGUCGAACGAAUAUUCCCAGCUUCCACCGCCCGCAGUACGACAACGUGGAGCGCACGUACGGAGAGCUCGCGCUCUACGCGGCCGCUCUCGCACUCACGAGUCCGUCGGUGAUUGUCCCUGCGCUCCCACUGCCGACGCCAUGGAUGCUGCGGGUGCCGACGGUCGACGACACGGACGGGGGCCCCGAGCUGCAGCAUCUGGUCGCACACUGGUUUGCGUGCGUCUCGGGCGAGAUGGCGCUGUGCAUGCACCGCGAGACGGUGCGGUUUGUGGAAGCCGACUACAGCUACGAGCCGCUGCCCCUGGACGAUACAGCGCCAGCCGGCCUCGCGCGCCAAGCGGCGCGCACACAGUCGUAUAUCCAGUCGCUGGCGCAGGUGCUGGAUGGCUCGCUCCUACUCGUGGACGACCCGCUGGAACUUGGCGUGCCGCGUGGGCGGCGCGCGGCGCCUAGCAACGCGCCAGCCGCACUCGUUCCGCCGUUGCUGGCCAGUGCAUCGCCUGUCACCGUGUCGGACCCUGACGAAACGCUCGCAGCGGCACGUGGCGAGGUUACGCGCCUCGAGACGCAGCUGGGCGACGUGGCGCGCGCGAGCGCGGCGGUGACGCAGGCGCGGCAGGGCGUCGACACGGCGCUGCGCGAUGUGAUGGCCAAGCUGCCGGGCCUCGCGAUGCUGGAGGAGACGCGGCCCGUGUCAGCGCGCCUGCAGCUGCCUCGCACGCUGCGCGAUGCCAAGGCCAUGCUGCAGCAGAUGGUGCAGCUGUCCGAGGAGCAAAUGUGGGCGGACCAGGUGACCCUAGGCGAUGUGAUCGAGUACCAUGAGCUGAGCAUGCGCACGGUGCGGCAGUGCCUCCAGGAGCGCACAGCUAUGGUCGUGGAGUCUACCUUGGCCCACAAAGUGAUUGCGACGAAGCAGCACGAGGCGGAGCAGCUUCAAUUCGCCAAAACAAUACGCCCUGACCGCGUGGAAGCGGCGAUUGCCGAGGUGCAUGAGGCGCAGCACCAUGCUGAUCUGCUGGACAAGUACCUCGCACAGGUAAGCCGCGCGAUGCGCGAGAGUCUCCAGCGGCACAGCGUGCAGACGCACCAUGAUUUACAGCGCGUGCUCCGCGAACACGUGCGCCUCAGUGCCAUCGUCGACCGCCGCCUCGCCGAGAUGCUGGCACACUUUGACGAAGAGUCGCGUCAGCUGACGCAGGACGUCGAGGCGCUCGUGCAGCAGGGCGAGCGCACGCGGCGCAAGAUCACACCGGCGCAGCGGGCGGCCGCGCGAAUGAUGGGGCGCGAGCUGCCUCCCGACGACGAUGCGGACCAGCGCAGCAAGGAACUCGAGACGGAGGCGCCGGCGCCGGAGGCCGCCGCGGUCGCCGAAGGCGCUGCGCCCGCCGAGCCUGCGCCCGAGCCUGCGCCCGAGCCUGCGCCCGCCGAGCCUGAAGCGGAGCCUGAGCCACCGGUGCGUGCCGAGUCCCCCGCACCAGCGCCGGAGCCACCCUCGUUCCCGUCCAUGCUGUUCCGGCGCACGACGCAGGACGGGCGGUGGGGCCGCCUCUCUGCCUCCGACGCGGCCAAGAGCCUCGGCGGCACGUUCUAG